GCCUUCCCCGAGCUGUCGAAGCGGAAAGCGCGCGAGGAGCAGCGUAGUUUGUUGGAGAUGGCGAAGAGGAAGAGCAGUAAUUCACGGCUUACGCCUGAUAAGAGAAGCCGGUUAUCACAGCCUGAGACUGAGGAGGAUGAGGAAACAGGCUACUUCGGCUCCGGAGAUGGAUUAAGCCAAUCACAGAGUGUGACUGGUGAGGUGGGCAUUAUCGAGAGCAUCUCUCUGAGAAACUUCAUGUGCCAUUCGUUGCUUGGGCCCUUCGCAUUUGGUCCAAACGUCAACUUUGUUGUAGGAAAUAAUGGAAGUGGAAAAAGUGCCGUGCUGACAGCUCUGAUUGUAGCCCUGGGCGGUAAAGCUCUCACCACCAACCGAGGCUCCUCUCUCAAAGGAUUUGUUAAGGAAGGAGAGAGCUCUGCAGAUGUGUCCAUCACGCUGAGAAACAGGGGUAAUGAUGCGUACAAACCGGAAAAGUUUGGUCAGUCCAUCGUAGUCGACCUUCGAAUUUCCAGUGAGGGAAUCCGAACGUACAAACUUAAAAGUCAUACCGGGCAAUUGGUGUCAUCAAAAAAGGAGGAGCUGGUGUACAUUCUGGAUCAUUUUAACAUUCAGGUGGAUAAUCCGGUCUCCAUCCUCACGCAGGAAAUGAGCAAACACUUCCUGCACUCCAAAGGAGAGGGAGACAAAUACAAAUUUUUUAUGAAAGCCACUCAACUGGAUCAAAUGAAAGAGGAUUACAGCUACAUCAUGAAGACCAAGACCCUGACCCAGAAUACAGUGGAGAAACACAGGGAGACUCUGCUGGAACUGAAGCAGAAGUUCCGUGACAAAGAAGAGCGCUAUAAAAGUCUGGCUUCUCUGGAUGAAAUGCAGCAGAAGUUGAACGAGCUGAAGAAUCAGAUGGCCUGGGCUCUGGUGGCAGAGAUGGAGCAGGAGAUGAAGCCCAUGAAAGAACGCAUCACAGCUGAAGAGAGAUCCACCGUCAAAUAUGACCAGAAGGUGGAAGAGUGGAAGGGGAAAGUUGAUGAGGCCAACAAGAUAUCCAAGCAGUUGCAGGAUCAGCUGGAAAGUGUAACAGAGCGCAUGGAGCAGCUGCAGCCAAAGUGUUCGGAACUGAAGAACCGAGUUCAGGAGCGCAACCGAGAGCUCAAAACAGAGGAGGCUGGACUUCACAGGAAAAGGACUAACUUAAGAGAUCUCGAGAAGGAUAGAGAUCAGCUCAACAAGCGAAUCAAAGAGCUCAAACAUAGCAUAAGUCAGAUGAACUCGGCUGACACUCAGGCUCGUGUGGAGAAGAUGAAUCACAUUCAGGCUGAGCUGGAAGAACUGAGUUUCAGAGACUCCACUCUGGCGCAGCAGAUCGAUCAGUUUAAACAGGCCUGCGAAAGCGCUAAAGAAAGACAGGCUAGAAUGAGACGUGAAAGGCAGGACCUGCAGCGUGCGAUCGACUCUAAACAGCGUGACCUGACCGCCAUGGAAAGCAGUCGAAAUAACCGGCUUCGUCGUUUUGGAGAGCACAUACCAGCACUGAUGGAGGCUAUAGAUGAGGCUGAACGUCAAGGGAUGUUCAGGAGGAAACCUGUCGGACCGCUUGGUUUUUGCAUCCGCCUGCGGGAUCAGGACCUGGCUCUGGCAGUGGAGUGCUGUCUGAAGGCUCUAAUGUUGGCUUUCUGCUGUGAUAAUCAUGCUGACGAGAGAGAGUUAGAGAGAAUCAUGUGCCGCUUUUACCAGCGUGGCAGAAGACCCCAGAUCAUCGUCAGCAGAUUCACCAACAUGCUCUACAAUGUUGGCAACAGGGCAGUCAGUCAUCCCGAUUACCCAACUGUGCUCCAGGCCCUUGACAUUGACAAUCCAGUAGUGGCCAACUGCCUGAUUGACAUGAGGGGAAUCGAAACCAUUCUGCUGAUCAAGGACAACAGAGAUGCCAGAAGGGUCAUGCAGUCUAAAGGAGGACAAGCACCACGCAACUGCAGAGAGGCCUUCACGCGGGACGGAGACCAGGUCUACACUAACCGCUACUACUCCUCUGAACAGCACAGAGCGCAGUAUCUCUCCAGAGAUGUUGAAGAGGAAAUCAGACAUUUGCAGUCUGCUCUACAGACCCAGAAAGCACAAUUGGAUCGCUUUCAGCAGGACAUGCAGCAGGUCGGUGAGGAAGAAAGGCAGAACCAAACUCUUCUUCGCAGAGCUUACGACGACCGCAAGAAAGUCCAGGAACGUACCCGGAAGCUUCAGGCAGAGUUGACGGAAUUGCAGAAUGUGGAGGAACCUCAAUCAGAAGACCUGAAACCUUUGGAGGAGGAACUGGAGGAGCUGAGCGGACGCAUAAGUGUUUGUGGAGAAGAGUUUGAAGCUCUGCGGAGACAGACACAAACCUGCAAGAAGGAAUAUGAGGAGGCUGAGAAACUCUUCCGGCAAAAGAAGGAAACCGUAAACAGCAUUGUAGAGGAAGCGGAGCCCAUUAAGGAGCGUUUGAACAACAGUGAUCAGGAGGUGGAGAGAAGUAAACACCACAAAAAACACUAUGAGCAAAAACGAAAAACCCACUUGGAAAUGAUCGAGACACUAAAGACGAGCCUGAAUCAGAAGGAGCAGGAAUUACAGGCUUCAAUUGCAAAGGCCUCAGAAAUCUGCCCAGAGCGCUUGGAUGUGAGGAGAACGGCAAAGAGUUUGGACAGCGAGAUCAGCCGACUGAAAAACAAGAUCAAUACACAGCAGGACCAACAGGGACACAGAGACACCAUCGUCAGAGAGUACCAUGAGGCGAGGGAGAAGUUUAGUAAAAUAUCCCGACAGGUGAAGGGUCUGGAGGCUUUCAUCCAUCAGUUAUCUGAGAUCAUGAUCACCAGGCACAACGUCUACGCUGAAUUGAGAAUGUUGCUUUCUGUACGCUGCAAAUACUACUUUGACUCCAUGCUGUCUCAGAGAGGAUAUACAGGGAAGAUGAUCUUUGACCACAAGAAUGAGACUCUCUGCAUAUCAGUUCAGCCAGGAGAGGGUGGGAAGGCUGCUCUGAGUGACAUGCGUUCGCUAUCUGGAGGAGAACGUUCGUUUUCCACCGUGUGCUUCGUCCUGUCACUGUGGGCCAUUGCUGAAGCUCCCUUCCGUGCCUUGGAUGAGUUUGAUGUCUAUAUGGACAUGGUAAACCGGCGGAUUUCUAUGGACAUGAUGCUGAAGAUCGCGGCCAGCCAGCGCUACAGACAGUUCAUUUUCCUCACACCACAGAACAUGAGUUCUCUUCCAAUAAACAACCUGAUCCGCGUCCUGCGGCUGAACGACCCAGAACGUGGCCAUUCUGCUCUUCCUUUUAGCCAGAGGAACCCAGAGUGAUGUUUCUGACCAGCUGAUUUGUAUGAGGCAAACCCAAUAACACACAACACACACACAAACAACCCAGAGCAACAUUAUGACUUUGUUAUGAAGGCUGCAUAUUCAUAUUACCUUUGAUAGAAGAGGAUGGCUUUUGUAUUAGUCCAGAAUUUAAAUUAAAGUAUGCUUUAAUGCUGCUUUAGUGCUGUUUAAUGAUUAACAGUGACUAAUUGCGUACAAAAUAUUAUGUUUGUAUUUACGUAACAUGCCUCUAUAUACUGUGUAUAGUUAUGUGUGUUUAUAAAUGUGCACACAUAUAUGU